CGCGCAUGCGCGGCCCUCUUUCUCCAGCAGCUCCCUCGGGUCACCUGGACGACCGCAAUUCAGCCACCUGCCCCUCCGCGUCUCUUCUCGCCCUUGACUCCUCCUGCUGGUUCUCCCCUCCGGCCCCCCGCCUCCUCCUUGUUCCGCAGGCGCGGCUAGGCCCUCCCGCGGCCGCCCGCCGACACCCCGGCUUCCACUGACACGAGCCUCUCCGCGCGGCUUCCGCUUCCGGCGAGUAUUGUGUGUCGCGCUGCGGGGCGGGGGCGGGGGGAGGAGGAAGGAGGGAGGCAGCGCUCCGGCGGCUCCGCGCCCCGCACUCCCGGACCCGAAGCCGGGAAGCGACGUUUCCUGUCCCCCCUCUCCAGUCCCCCUGAGCCGGAUCUGGCGGGAGAAGAUGGAGACGGGGGUGGGACCGAGUUGUGGACCACGCUCAGGAAAGGGUCGCAAGUUAAAUAAUGGCCGAGACAAGUCUGUUAGAGGCUGGGGCCUCUGCAGCCUCCACAGCUGCAGCUCUGGAGAACUUACAGGUGGAGGCAAGUUGUUCUGUGUGCUUGGAGUAUCUGAAGGAGCCUGUCAUCAUUGAGUGUGGGCACAACUUCUGCAAAGCUUGCAUCACUCGCUGGUGGGAGGAUCUAGAGAGGGACUUCCCUUGCCCUGUAUGUCGAAAGACGUCGCGCUACCGCAGUCUCCGGCCUAAUCGACAGCUGGGCAGUAUGGUGGAAAUUGCCAAGCAGCUCCAGGCCGUCAAGCGGAAGAUCCGAGAUGAAAGCCUCUGCCCCCAGCACCAUGAGGCCCUCAGCCUCUUCUGCUAUGAGGACCAGGAGGCUGUGUGUUUGAUAUGUGCAAUUUCCCACACCCACCGGGCCCACACCGUCGUGCCACUGGAUGAUGCCACACAGGAGUACAAGGAAAAACUGCAGAAGUGCCUGGAGCCCCUGGAGCAGAAGCUGCAGGAGAUCACCCGCUGCAAGUCCUCUGAGGAGAAAAAGCCUGGGGAACUCAAGAGACUAGUGGAGAGUCGUCGACAGCAGAUCCUAAAGGAAUUUGAAGAGCUUCAUCGGCGACUGGAUGAAGAGCAGCAGGUGUUACUUUCACGACUGGAGGAGGAGGAACAGGACAUUCUACAGCGCCUCCGAGAAAAUGCUGCUCACCUUGGAGACAAGCGCCGGGACCUGGCCCACUUGGCUGCUGAGGUGGAGGGCAAGUGCUUACAGUCGGGCUUCGAGAUGCUUAAGGAUGUCAAAAGUACCCUGGAAAAAUGUGAGAAGGUGAAGACCAUGGAGGUGACUUCAGUAUCCAUAGAGCUGGAAAAGAACUUCAGCAAUUUCCCCCGACAGUACUUUGCACUAAGGAAAAUCCUUAAACAGCUAAUUGCGGAUGUGACCCUGGACCCUGAGACUGCUCAUCCUAACCUAGUCCUGUCGGAAGAUCGGAAGAGCGUCAAGUUCGUGGAGACAAGACUCCGGGAUCUCCCUGAUACACCACGGCGUUUUACCUUCUACCCUUGCGUCCUGGCUGCUGAGGGUUUCACCUCAGGUCGACACUACUGGGAGGUGGAGGUGGGCGACAAGACCCACUGGGCAGUGGGUGUGUGCCGGGACUCCGUGAGCCGGAAGGGCGAACUGACCCCACUCCCUGAGACUGGCUACUGGCGGGUGCGGCUGUGGAACGGGGACAAGUAUGCAGCCACCACCACGCCUUUUACCCCUUUGCACAUCAAGGUGAAACCCAGGCGGGUGGGCAUAUUCCUAGACUAUGAGGCCGGCACACUGUCUUUUUACAACGUCACAGACCGCUCUCAUAUCUACACCUUCACUGAUACUUUUACUGAGAAACUUUGGCCCCUCUUCUAUCCAGGCAUCCGGGCUGGUCGGAAGAAUGCUGCACCACUUACCAUCAGGCCCCCAACAGAUUGGGAGUGACAGGUAGGGACAUGGGAAUAAUCAGGGUGAGGCAGGGUCAAGAGCUAUGGGCCUUCCUUCCUGUGACCUGCUGGAACGUCUUCGUGUCUGCCUGGUUCCAGUCCUGAACCAUCUAGGAGAACACCUUGGUUUCUAGAAUGGUUUAUGGGGAAGAGUAGGUAGGACUGGGCUGGGACGAGAGCACUGCAGUGUCUCCCUCCUAACUGUUAGGGUGGAGUGCUGAUUCCCAGGGGUUGUCUCCUCUGAAGUCCAUCAGGUUUUCUGUUGCACAAGGAUGGGUUGGGAAGGAAGGAGAGGCUUUUCCAGAAACAACAAGUCUAUGGGAGGGUCUGACUUGCUCAAACCAGAGGAGGAAACAGAAACCCCUGUACAUCCUUUUAGGGGGUUCUUUGACCCAGAAUAGUCUUGUUUUUUUUUUUUUUUUAGGAAGAUCACAGGGGUCUUUGUACCUCUAAAUUGAAAUAAAGAUGAAUGACAGUUGCUCUCGUGGGUCUAGAAGUUGAGGAGUUAUUUUCAGGGCAGAGAUUAGGCAUCAAGAAGGUUAGAAAGAAGGUCAGGAAAUGGGGCUAAAGGAACAGAUUCCUGAAGACUAAUGAAGGGGAGAAGGGUUUCUUUGGUUGCCAUUGAGUAGGAUUGGCCAGAGGUAGGAAUGUGGGGAGGAGGGGUAGGAAGAAAGAGAACCCACGUCCCUGCCUCAGCCUUCAGCAGAGCUGGCUUAUCACCCGCCUCCUUGUAGUUGCUCGUCUCCAAGAGCUGUUACCUUGCUCAUCUGGAGAGGCAAGAUGCAAGAGAUCCUGCAAGACACGUCUACCCUUUCACUGCUUUCCCAAGGGAACUUGGAAAGGAGAGAGUCAGAUACUAGAGGAAAGAGAAAAGUAUUCCUAUCCAAAGCCCUGGCCUUAAAGGAUGCUACUAAGUAGCUACUCCCAAGUUUUCAGCCUUGUUACCUGGCUAAGGUGUCCAAGCCAGACAGGGGAAAAGAAGAUGGAGUCUUCCUCACCCUGGGGACAGGGUAGAAGAGGGUGGUAUGUAUAGGGAAGGGCCAGAUAGGCAACUUCCUUUGGCCGGUGUGCAUCUGGCCUGGAACUCGUGUUCACAAGAGCUGUUUUUUUGUUUGUUUGUUGCCAUCCUUCACCUUUUGCCAUUUCUCCUAUCAGAGAAUGUAAAUCAUUUUAAUGUUAGGCCAAAAUAAACAACCUGUAGGGUACAUAUGUUUUCAAAAAAAGGUAAAGCAAUGCAUGCCAAACCAAACUAAAAUGACUGGAUUAUCUGCUACUUGGGUAAUCGGGUUCACAGAAGAUUGGGACAAGAAACUGCAGUUUAUUGAGGGCAUUUCAGCUCCUCCUACCACCUCAACAGGACUUUGUCCAGACUCUCCUCUUACCUUUGUGCCUUGACUGUGGUUCUUUGUGGCAAGAUGCUUUGGUUGGUAAAACAUAAUAUGGAACAAAGGAUCCACUGAAGUGAUCUAUGUGUCCUGUGGUAAUUUGAUAACUUCUGUUGAUGUGUAAGAAACAUGGGUGUUAAAAUGGAUGUUCCUUGGAAUUCCCUGGUGGUCCAGUGGUCAGCACUCUGCACUCUCACUGUCAGGGGCCUGGGUUUGAUCCCAGGUCCUGGAACUAAUAUCCCACAAGCCACGCGGUGCAGCCAAAAAAAAAAGUUGCAUGUUCCUGGGGCUCACCCUCAGUGAUUGAUCGAGAUCUGGAGUGGGCCUAGGCAUCUGC